GUCCGCAGAGGUCGGGCAGCAAGCAUGCAACCACGCCUGCGGACAACUACUACCUGGCUCGGAGGAGGACUCUGCAAGUGGUGGUCAGCUCCUUGCUCACCGAAGCCGGCUUCGAGAGUGCCGAAAAGGCUGCGGUGGAGACGCUGACAGAGAUGUUACAGAGCUAUAUUUCUGAAAUUGGAAGGAGCGCGAAGUCCUACUGUGAACAUACAGCCAGAACACAGCCUACGCUCUCUGAUAUAGUGGUUACUCUAGUGGAAAUGGGGUUCAAUGUUGAAACGCUUCCUGCAUAUGCCAAGCGCUCCCAGAGGAUGGUCAUCACUGCCCCUCCUGUGACAAACCAGCCUGUGACUCCCAAAGCCCUGACAGCUGGACAGAACAAGCCACAUCCAUCCCACAUUCCUGGCCAUUUCCCUGAGUUUCCAGAUCCUCACACUUACAUCAAAACACCAACAUACCGGGAGCCAGUAUCUGAUUAUCAAGUCCUACGGGAAAAGGCAGCGUCUCAACGGCGCGAUGUAGAAAGAGCUCUCACACGUUUCAUGGCUAAGACAGGAGAAACACAGAGUCUCUUCAAAGAUGAUGUUAGCACAUUCCCAUUGAUUGCUGCCAGGCCUUUCACCGUACCCUACCUGACAGCUCUUCUCCCCUCUGAGCUGGAAAUGCAGCAAAUGGAAGAAACAGAUUCAUCUGAGCAAGACGACCAGACAGACACUGAGAACCUCCCCCUGCACAUGAGCACGGAUGAUUCAGGACCUGAAAAGGAGAAUGCUUCAGUGUUACAGCAGAACACCUCCCUAUCAGGCAGUCGGAAUGGGGAGGAAAAUGUGAUAGACAAUCCCUACCUCAGGCCAGUGAAAAAGCCCAAGAUCCGCAGAAAGAAGUGAGGUGUAGCCAGCUGGCUGCUCAGAGUAAGAGAAACCCAGGGGGUUCACCUCUGCUGCUGUGGGUAUAAGGUGUGGAGCAAGACAGGAGAGGCAAUCCAGCUGAGUGGCAGAAGCAGAAGAAUGAUCUCUCUCUGCCUAGUGAACUACACUCUCAUCCUGGUUUGCAGUGCUCCCUCUUUCCCCUCUGCUCUCCUGCUGACUUGGAACAGUCAAUGGUCAAUUGCCUUAAAAGCAUUUAAGGCCACUGGGUUACAGAUGGGAAUUGUCUCUUUUGCUUUGGUUUGUUCUCACUGU